ACAACCACAACAACAGCAACUACAACAACUUUAGCUCCCACGACAACUGCAGCUCCUACAACAACUUUAGCAUCUACGACAACCAUUGCAGCCCUAACUACAACAACUUCUGCUCCUACGACCACUGCAACUCCACAACCUACUACGACAACCAGUGCAGUUCCUACUACAACAACUGCUGUUCUUAUGACCACAGUGACUGCAGCACCUUCUACAACAACUACAACUUCAGCUCCUACGACAACCAUAACAACGGCACCUACUACAACUCCUGCAGUUCCUACAACUGUAGCUACCACGACCACUCCACCUGCUGUACUUACUACAACAAUCACAACUACAGCUCCUGAUACAACAACUGUAGCUCCUACGUCAACCACAGCAGCUGCCUCUACGACAACCAUAGAAGCUCUAACUACAACCACUGCUGCUCCAACGACCACUACAACUCCAGAAACUAUUACGACAACCACUGCAGCUCCUGCUACAACAACUACAACUUCAGCUCCUACGACAACAACUACAACCACUGCUGCUCCAACGACCACUACAACUGCAGAACCUAUUACGACAACCACUGCAGCGCCUGAUACAACAACUACAACUUCAGCUCCUACGACAACCACAACAACAGCAACUACAACAACUGUAGCUCCCACGACAACUGCAGCUCCUACAACAACCUUAGCAUCUACGACAACCAUUGCAGCCCUAACUACAACAACUGCUGCUCCUACGACCACUGCAACCACUGCUGCUCCAACGACCACUACAACUGCAGAACCUAUUACGACAACCACUGCAGCGCCUGAUACAACAACUACAACUUCAGCUCCUACGACAACCACAACAACAGCAACUACAACAACUGUAGCUCCCACGACAACUGCAGCUCCUACAACAACUUUAGCAUCUACGACAACCAUUGCAGCCCUAACUACAACAACUGCUGCUCCUACGACCACUGCAACUCCACAACCUACUACGACAACCAGUGCAGCUCCUACUACAACAACUGCUGUUCUUACGACCACAGUGACUGCAGCACCUUCUACAGCAACUACAACUUCAGCUCCUACGACAACCACAACGACCACUACAACUGCAGAACCUAUUACGACAACCACUGCAGCGCCUGAUACAACAACUACAACUUCAGCUCCUACGACAACCACAACAACAGCAACUACAACAACUGUAGCUCCCACGACAACUGCAGCUCCUACAACAACUUUAGCAUCUACG